AGAAGCUGAAGAAUCAAACCAAUUUUAUCUCUUUCAGCCAAAAAAAAAAAAAAAAAAGACAACCCAUUUUAUCUCAUAUCUGCUCAGCACAUAGCACGAAAUCCCUGUCUCUCCUCCCAUGGCUGCAACGGCACCCUUCUUUCCUAAAACAUCAACAGCAUCCAUUACUAAUCCACCCAAAAUGACGAGCGUUAAAAAGCUGGCUGAAUCUCGUGGUCUCGCUUCCAUCCCUCCUGUCUACACCUUUCCCUCAAACCCCCAGGAUGAAGCAUCUUCUGAAUCAGAAGAGACUAUCCCCACCAUUGAUUUCUCCCUUCUGACAUCCAGUGACCCCAAUCAACGCUCUAAAAUGAUCCAGGAGCUUGGCAAAGCAUGUCAAGAGUGGGGCUUCUUCAUGGUAAUCAAUCAUGGAGUGUCAGAGGUCAUGACGAAGGAAAUAAUAGAUGCAGUUAAAGAAUUUUUCGACCUACCGGAGGAGGAGAAGCAAGAAUUUCAAGAAAAGCAUGUUUUAGACCCAAUAAGAUAUGGUACCAGCUUCAAUAUUUCAGUGGAUAAAGUCUUAUGCUGGAGGGACUUUCUCAAGGUUUUUGUGCAUCCUGAAUUUCACUCACUCAACAACCCACCCGGAUUCAGUGACACUACACUAGCCUACAGCGAGCAAGUUCUAAAAUUAACAAGAGAAUUGCUAAGGGGAAUAUCUGCAAGCCUGGGGUUAGAAGAUAAUUACAUAGACAAGGCCCUAAAUUUGGAAAAGGGUUUACAAAUUCUGGUAGCCAACUUCUACCCACCAUGUCCACAGCCAGAACUUGCAAUGGGCAUGCUCCCUCACUCUGAUCACGGUCUCCUGACCAUCCUAAUACAAAAUGAAAUUGGGGGUCUUCAAGUGCAACACAAAGGGAGGUGGAUCAAUGUCAAUGUCAUUCCCAACUCCUUUCUGGUUAACACUGGUGACCACAUUGAGAUUUUGAGCAAUGGGAAGUACAAGAGCAUUCUACAUCGUGCGGUUGUGAACAAUAGAGCUCCAAGGAUAUCAAUAGCAAUGCCACUAGGACCAGCAUUGAAUGCAAUUGUUAGGCCAGCGCCAAAAUUAUUGGACAAUCAGAACAAUCCACCUGCAUAUAUUGCAAUGAAAUAUAAGGACUACUUGGAGGCUCAGCAGAGUAGCAUCCUUGACGGGAAAUCUAGCUUGGAUCGUGUGAAAAUUAAGAUGGUCUAAGCAUAGAAGACAAAGUAUUAUGUAUGUAUGUAGGUCAAGCACAAAAUAUUGAAGUUUGGUAUUUGCAAGAAUGAGAUGGCAAGACAACUCUCUCCUAUAUACUCACCCCAUCUUCACGCCUACAAGGCUACAACCGUAGGCUGAAGCUCAAGACCUCUCGCGGGAAAUAAACUAUCAGUGGUCCAUUCAAUUAAUGUUGUGAGGAGAUUUAUAUAUCUGAUGAAUAAAAUUUUCAUCUUUUU